AUGGAAUGCCCUGGAGUUGGAAAAGUAGGUAACACUUUUGCUGAAGAGCAUUACAUAGAACAGAUUCAGCAGCUGUCUGAAAAGAUCGCAGACCUGAAAGUUUCUGUGGACAGCAUGGAGAAAGAAAGAGAUUUCUACUUCUCGAAGCUUCGUGAUAUUGAGAUACUGUGUCAACGACCUGAGUUGGAGCAUCUACCAAAUGUUUCUCCCAGGUUAAGGGAAUUAAAUGCAAGGUUCCAAAUGACUAAAGCUGUUCGGAAGAUACUUUAUGCGGCUGAUGCAAAGGAUUCACCACUACCUGAUGCGAAUGAUAUAAUCAGCAAGUCACCGGGCUUGUUCUCAGAUGAAGCUGAGUGA